AUGUCAGGAGUUGCUGAACCAACACUGCUGCCCAUGCCAGUGAAGGAGAUAAAAGAAGAAGAGUUUGAUGAUUUCCUUCAAGAGUACAUGUUUGCUGAUCAGAAAGUAAAAGAAAACCCUGGACUGGAUUAUGACUGCAAGACUGAAACACACAUGUCAACAACCUUGGACUGCAAAGAAGAACCAAUGGAAAUAAUCAAGGAGGAAGACUCUAAUUUCAGAGAAGUUAUUCAGAAAGACUCUUAUCCUACAGAUGAUAUGAGACCUACUGCUGUAAAGGCACAUCAUUGUACGGAGUGUGGAAAAGCCUUCAGUAAGAUGAGUCUUCUCAAGUCACACCUGAGGACCCACACAGGAGAAAAGCCAUAUCAGUGCCCUGACUGUGGAAAGACCUUUCGUCAAAGAUCUCAUCUAACAAGACACCUGAAGAUCCACACAGGAGAAAAGCUGUAUCAGUGCUCUGACUGUGGAAAGGCUUUUAGUCAUUUGAGUAGUCUACUGAAACACCAGAGGAUCCACACAGGAGAAAAGCCGAAUCAGUGCUUUGACUGUGGAAAGGCUUUUAGUCAUUUGAGUAGUCUACUGAAACACCAGAUGAUCCACACAGGAGAAAAGCCGAAUCAGUGUAGUACAUGUGGGAAGGGUUUCAAGACUCGAGCAGAGCUUGUCACCCAUCAGCGCACUCAUACAGGAGAAAAGCCAUAUCAGUGCUCUGACUGUGGAAAGGCCUUUAGUCAAAGGGGUCAUCUAAAUGAACACAAGAGGAUCCACACAGGAGAAAAGCCGUAUCAGUGUACUGCAUGUGGGAAGAGUUUCAAGAACAGGUCAGAGCUUGUCACCCAUCAGCGCACUCAUACAGGAGAAAAGCCAUAUGUAUGCUCUGACUGUGGUAAGUCCUUCAGUCAUCUAAAUAGUCUAACUAAACACCGGAGGAUCCACACAGGAGAAAAGCCGUAUCUGUGCUCUUACUGUGGAAAGGCCUUUUGUCGAAGGUCAGAGCUUGUCACCCAUCAGCGCACUCAUACAGAAGUAAAGCCAUAUGUAUGCUCUGACUGUGGAAAGUCCUUCAGUCAUCUAAAUAGUCUAACAAAACACCAGAGGAUCCACACAGGAGAAAAGCCAUAUGUAUGCUCUGACUGUGAAAAGUCCUUCAGUCAUCUUAAUAGUCUAACAAAACACCAGAGGAUCCACACAGGAGAAAAGCCGUAUCAGUGCUCUGACUGUGGAAAGGCCUUCAGUCAACAGUCUACUCUAAAUGAACACCAGAUGAUCCACACAGGACAAAAGCCGUAUCAGUGUGCUACUUGUGGGAAGAGUUUCAAGACGAGGUCAGAUCUUAUCAGACAUCAGCGCACACAUACAGGAGAGAAGCCACAUCAGUGCUCUGAUUGUGGAAAGGCCUUCAGUCAAAGGACUCAUCUAACGGAACACCAGAGGAUCCACACAGGAGAAAAGCCCUAUCAGUGCUCUGACUGUAGAAAGGCCUUUACUCGAAUGUGUCUUCUCCAGAGACACCAGAGGAUCCACACAGGAGAAAAGCCGCAUCAGUGCCGUGACUGUGGACAGUCCUUUGGUCACAGGGCUUCAUUAAAGAGACACCAGAAGAUCCACACAUGA